CGGCGGGGAAGGAGGAGGCGGCGGAAGGCCGGCCGGGGUCCUGCGGGAGCGGCCGCAGCUCGGUAACGCCGCGGCGGCAGCGGCGCGGUUGCCCGCGGGGCUGGAUCAGGCGGCGGCUGCGGAGUAGCGCCGCCCCGCCCCGGGCUGCGGUCGGAGGGCACCGAGGCGGAGGUAGCAGAACCAACUGCACAUCGUUCUGAGCUGUCUGAAGUAUUGUCUGGGCUCAAAAUCAAGGUGCUAAAGGUUGCAGCAGACAACAGUGUGAAUGCUGUGCAUCUGGAAUGCAGCUUCUGCUGCUGAGAAUGUUGACAUCACCAGAAUUAUUUUUGAUGAAUGGUCCCUUAAGCAUCCUGUUUGGCUCAUGAAUGCUAGUGGAUAUAGAAUAAUCACAGUGCAUGGAGCUUCCUUCCUGUCUUCUGCACUACAAAUAAUAUCCUGAAUACUGUGGAGAGGAAGGAAAACAAGUGAGCUGCUCUAUGGAUCAUGCAUUGCGUUCUGCAUAUACGUAGAAUAAGAUCCAGCUAGAAAGCCAGAACCAAGGAAGUCACAGAAGGUUAUUGCUUGGAGAAGCAGGACAAAUACAGUAUAUGCAACUGCCGUUUUUAUUGGAACCCUUAUCCAUCCAGGAUUGAAAGGAUAAUGGGGACAUAAUUCAACAGAUACAUUUGGAGUAGCUGUCAUUCUCCUGGCUGACAGAGGGACCAGAAAAAAAGUGGAGCAGCAUUUCUGGACCUUCAUGGACUGGCUGGUGUCAGAGAGAUUUGUUUAUCAUCAAGUUUAUUCCUUGUGGAAGUAACCAGAGAUGGACCUCAAAUUGGCUUAUUGGUUAGAGUAGCACUUAACUGAAGAUGAUCAACAUAUAAUCUCAACAACUAUGGCUGAGAAGUGCAAUUAAGGCUGUCACUCUGUGAGACUGCAGCAAACUGCUGGAGUAUGAAGGCAGCUCAGAAGUUCAUGUCUGCCUUGAGUGAAGUUUGACAAAAAAUGUUACAGCGGUUUUGUCUCUGGAAAUGUUUAGCUGUAGGGAUUGCAGUUGCUACUAUCUUAGGAGGUUGUUUGGCCCAGAAUGAUGAAGAUUGCAAAUUGGCCAGAACAGGUCCUCCAGCCACAAUAGUUCCUAUUGAUGAAGAAAGUCGGAACGGCACUAUCCUGGUUGACAACAUGCUGAUCAAAGGGACAUCAGGAGGGCCAGACCCCACCAUUGAACUCUCCUUAAAGGACAAUGUAGAUUACUGGGUGAUCCUCGAUCCUGUCAGACAGAUGUUAUACCUAAACAGCACUGGACGAGUUCUGGACAGAGAUCCACCAAUGUCCAUUCAAUCCAUUGUGGUGCAAGUCCAGUGUGUUAACAAAAAGGUUGGCACCAUUAUCAACCACGAAGUACGGAUUGUGGUGAGAGACAGGAAUGAUAACUCGCCUCAGUUCCAGCAGCAGCGAUACUAUGUGGCAGUAAACGAGUUAACUCCAGUUGGAACAACCAUCUUUACAGGAUUUUCUGGAAACAACGGUGCUGUUGACAUUGAUGACGGUCCAAAUGGCCAGAUAGAGUAUGUCAUCCAGUAUAAUCCUCAUGACAAGACUUCCAACAGAACCUUUGAUAUUCCUCUCACUUUGUCUGGAGCAGUAGUUCUACGGGAAAGACUAAAUUAUGAAGAAAAGACUCGCUAUUUUGUCAUUGUUCAAGCAAAUGACCGAGCCCAAAAUCUUAAUGAGCGACGGACAAGUACAACCACCCUGACAGUAGACGUGCUUGAUGGGGAUGAUUUGGGACCAAUGUUUCUUCCCUGUGUCUUGGUGAAUAAUACUCGUGACUGUAGACCUCUUACCUACCAAGCGAGCUUGCCAGAACUGACAGAUCCUGCACGUGUGAAUCCCAUCAGUGUCACUCCACCCAUACAAGCCAUAGAUCAGGACCGAAACAUCCAGCCUCCUUCAGAUCGACCGGGCAUCCUCUAUUCCAUCCUAGUUGGCACUCCUGAGGAUUAUCCACAGUAUUUCCAUAUGAAUCUCACAACAGCUGUACUGACACUCCUAAAGCCAAUAAAUAGGGAUUUACACCAGAAGUUUGACUUGGUUAUUAAGGCUGAACAAGACAAUGGCCAUCCUCUUCCUGCCUUUGCCAAUCUGCACGUUGAGGUCCUUGAUGAGAACAAUCAGAAGCCUUACUUCACAAGAUCUACGUAUGACGGCUUUAUUCUCGAAUCCUCCCCAGUGGGAACGACCAUCAGUGAUAACCAGAAUCUGACUUCUCCACUACAAAUCGUAGUGUUGGACAACGAUGUGGAGGAGACCAAGGAUCCCCAGCUCCAUCUCUUUCUGAAUGAUUACAAUGCGUUUUUCACUGUGACUCAGAGUGGCAUCACCCGCUACCUCACCCUGCUGCAGCCUGUUGACAGAGAAGUCCAGCAGCUUUACACUUUCUCGAUGGCAGCUUCUGAUGGUGUACAGGAGAGUGUCCCAGUGACAGUGAAUAUCCUGGUGAUUGAUGCAAAUGAUAAUUCCCCAACCUUCUCCAAUAUAUCAUACAAUGUCAAGAUUUACACAGAUAUGAGGCCUGGGGAAGGCGUUAUAAAGCUCACCGCUGUAGAUGCAGACGAGGGACCCAAUGGACAGAUAGUGUAUGAAAUUUUGGCUGGGGAUCAGGGAGACUUCAUCAUCAAUGACCGAACAGGCCUUAUCACCAUUGCUCCAGCAGUUGUAUUGUCAGUGGGGCGAUCCUAUGCUCUCACUGUCAAAGCAUCUGAUAGUGCUCCUCCUGCGCAGAGAAGGAGCUCUAUUGCUACUGUUUACAUUGAGGUCCUUCCACCCAACAACCAGAGCCCUCCCCGUUUUCCCCAGCUGAUGUACAGCCUUGAAGUCAGCGAGGCCAUGAGAGUUGGAGCCAUUUUGUUAAACCUGCAGGCUUUUGAUAGAGAGGGUGACCCUAUAAGAUACCUCAUUCAGAAUGGAGAUCCUCAACAAGUUUUUAAUCUCUCUCAAAGUUCUGGACUGCUAGCCUUAGGAAAGCCCUUGGACAGAGAAAGCACUGAUCGCUAUAUUCUGAUUGUUACAGCCUCGGAUGGCAGACCAGAUGGGACCUCAACUGCUACUGUUAAUAUUGUGGUGACGGAUGUAAAUGACAACGGACCAGUUUUUGAUAUGUUUCUACCUAAAAACCUGUCUGUAGUGGAAGAGGAAGCUAAUGCUUUUGUUGGUCAAGUAAGGGCUACAGAUGCAGAUGCUGGUGUUAAUGGUCAAGUUCAUUACAGUUUGGCAAACUUCAACAAUCUUUUCCGAAUCACAUCAAACGGUAGCAUUUACACAUCAGUUAAACUGAACAGAGAAAUAAGGGACUAUUAUGAACUUAUUGUUGAAGCAACAGAUGGAGCUGCGGAUCCCCGCCGUUCAACACUAACUUUAGCUAUCAAGGUGCUGGAUAUUGAUGACAACAGCCCUGUUUUUACUAAUGCUUCUUACACUGUCUGCGUGCCCGAAAAUCUACCACCAGGCACUGUCUUCCUGCGAAUAGAGGCAAAGGAUAUUGAUCUUGGUUCCGACGUUAACUAUCGAAUACGGACAGAGGAAGCACUACAGUAUUUUGCACUGAACAAGUAUACAGGCGAGUUAUCGCUUUUGCAGUCCUUGGAUUAUGAAUCAUUUUCUGACACAGAAGCCACCUUCACCUUUCUUGUGGAAGCCUUUGAUAGCAAGGGCACUAUGCCUCCUGGUCUCGCUACUGUCACAGUGAGAGUAAAGGAUAUGAAUGAUUACUCUCCAGUGUUUAGCAAAACCCUCUACAGGGGAAUGGUUGCUCCUGAUGCAGUCAAGGGCACAGUUAUCACUACUGUUUCAGCUGAGGACCAAGAUCCUCCGGGAACACCAGCAAGUCGAGUCCGAUACAAAGUAGAUGUUGACCAGUUUCCUUACAGUGCCAGCAUUUUUGAUGUGGAUGAAGACUCAGGACGUGUAGUAACUCGAGUAAACCUAAAUGAAGAGCCAAGUACAGUGUUUAAGCUAGUGGUCAUUGCAUAUGAUGAUGGGGAUCCUGUGAAGUUUAACACCACUACUGUAGAAAUUGCUGUACUUCAGCCUUCAGUAAUUCCACGGUUUACGCAGGAUGAAUACAGACCCCCACCAGUGAGUGAAAGUGCACCAAAAGGAACUGUGGUCACAGUUGUUACAGCAGCUGCCUUGAACCAGACAAUUGUAUAUUCAAUUGUUUCAGGAAAUGAAGAGAAUGUGUUUGCUAUUAAUAACAGAACAGGCGUGAUCUCACUUAAAAAGUCUCUGGAUUAUGAAAGUGUGACAAGUUACGAGCUUCGAGUUCAAGCAGACUCCUUACAAGUGGUACGAUCGAAUCUGCGUGUCCCUUCCAAAAGUAAUACAGCCAAGGUAGUUAUUGAAGUAAAGGAUGAAAAUGACCACGUGCCUGUCUUUACCAAAAAAACGUACAUUGGAGGAGUGUCUGAAGAUGCCAGAAUGUUUUCUUCUGUGCUUAAAGUUAAGGCUGAUGAUAAAGACACUGGGAAUUACAGUGCCAUGCAAUACAGACUCAUCAUUCCUCCAAUCAAGGAUGGUAAAGAAGGUUUUGUGAUUGAAGCUUACACAGGGCUAAUAAAAACUGCUAUGCUGUUCAAAAAUAUGAGAAGAUCCUAUUUCAAGUUUCAGGUCAUUGCAACUGACGAUUAUGGAAAAGGACUGAGCAGCAAAGCAGAAGUACUUGUCUCUGUGGUCAAUCAGUUGGACAUGCAAGUCAUCGUCUCUAAUGUUCCUCCCACCCUUGUGGAACAAAACAAAGAACAACUCAUAGGGAUUUUGGAACGCUAUGUCCAAGAUCAAAUUCCUGGUGCGACAGUUGUGGUGGAAUCCAUUGGUGCACGGAGAUUUGGGGAUGGGUACUCUGAAGAGGAUUACACCAAGUCUGACCUCAUGGUCUACGCAAUUGACCCACAAACAAACAGAGCUAUAAUGAGGAAUGAACUUUUUAAGUUCCUGGAUGGCAAACUGCUGGAUAUCAAUAAAGAGUUUCAGCCAUACCUGGGGCAGGGGGGACGCAUCCUGGAGAUCCGCACCCCAGACGUGGUAGCAAACGUCAAGAAACAGGCACAAGCCUUAGGCUACACAGAAGGCGCGUUACUUGCUCUGGCUGUCAUAAUCAUCCUUUGCUGUAUGCCGGCUAUCUUAAUAGUUAUGGUCAGCUACAGACAACGACAGGCUGAAUGUGCGAAGACUGCGAGAAUCCAGAUGGCUUUACCAGCCGGCAAACCAGCAAGCAGCACUGCCAAUAACCUCUAUGAAGAGCUUGGCGACAGCACCAUGCGAGGAUAUGCACAGCAAGAGCAACAGCAGUUGCUGAGACCUUCUCUUCUCAGACCAGAGGAGUUAAGUAUGGAGUCUGGAAUUGAUCCAGGGCAGGAAUACUAUGGGCAAGAUUACUACAGUUAUGAGCAUGGGUAUGAACUGCCUCAGUAUGGGAGCCGGCGACGACUAUUGUCUCCUUCAGGAAUGUACGAUGAGUAUGGGGAAGUCAUGGUGGAGAAUGAUGGUGGCUACUACUACAGUCCACAUGGAUCAACAGCAGAAGAGGGGAUGAGUCAAGGCAGAGGUCCUUCAAGCAGAGCUAUAAGCCAGAGAGCAGGGGCUCAAAUAGAAGGUAGACCUUUAGGUGGUGGGAUGGAUAUAAGACCUGGGUCUGGAAGAGCAUAUAGGACCAGCCAGGGAAAAAGGAAACUAAAAGCAGUGAUGCAUUUAAGUCGUGUAGCAGUCAGUGCUCACAAACCAGUAGGAAGAACUGAGUCUGCUCGUUCUCCGUGGAAGAAAGCAAAGAUAUUCCCGAUGAUUCUGCAGAAAGUGAAAGGUGGUAGGAAAGAUUCUAGUUACGCCAAGUUGAUGUCAGGUCGCCAAGUGGACAGUGAGAAAAGCAUGAUUAUCAGGGGAAGUUACUUCCAGAAACCAACAGAUGACAGACCUUCAGUGAGAAAACUCAGUCACGUGUUAAAACGCAUUAGUGUCUCCAGAAAAUUUCAAGAGCCUAUUAGCAAAGAUUCAGUGCAUGCAAGAGGAAAAGGAGAGGAAGAAUAUGAAACAGAUGAAGCAAAAUCAGGAGUUUCAAUAAAUAUCACAGCAGAGAGUGAACACGAGGAUAGUGAUUAUGAGAAGAAGAAAAAGAAGAGAAGAAAAUAUACUUCAGACGAAUCAUCCGUGAAGAGUAGUAGCUCUGGCUCAGAGUCAGAAGAUAAAGACUACUUGAAAGUAACUCUGGACCAAGAUGAAGCCACUGAAAGUACUGUGGACUCAGAUGAAGAAACUGGGCACGAUUUUGGGGAUUCUGAUGAUGAGUCUGGAUCCAGCUCUAGCAGUGAAUCGGAGGAGGACUCAUCUGAAGAGGAUGAUGAUGAAGACGACUCUGACAGUGAUGAAGAUGGUAGCCUGUCAAAGAGCUCGUCUACACAAAGUUCAUACAGCAAAUCAGGGACUAGUGAGUCCAGCAGUAGAAGAAGCACUGAAAGGUCCAGUACAAAAAGUAGAAGCGGCAGCUCUCGUGGCAAAGUGAGGCGACCCAGCCAGAAAUCAAAUACAAGCUCUAAUGCAUCAGGCAGUGACAUGGACAUGAGCUACAGGAAAACUUCAGGGUCCAGCUAUAAGAGCAAAACCUCCUCUGCCAGCCUUGAAAUAGAAGACACAAUAGAAGAGGUGUCAGAAGAAGAUGAACAAUCAGAUGUGGAGCAAGUCAGCACAAGCCCCAAUGAGACAGCAGAUAACUCAAAUAAGGCAGUUUCUGAAACAUCCACCAGUGCAAAAACUGCUGCUACUGAAGAAGGCAAGAAACAAAAAUCAGCUAUUAAUGGUGAGGAUAGUGCAGACGAAAGCACAGAAGAGGUCGAUGCAGAUGCUAGUGAUAGGGAGGAAACUACCAGUAAGAAUGAAUCUUCUUGCCUAGAAAGUGAAAUCAGUGUUACUUCCAAAGGUACUGAAGGGUCAAAAAGCACAGCUAGUGCCACUUCUGGUAAAACUGCUACUUCCCCUGAUACUGAGAAUCAAAGCUCUGAUACCAACUGGGCCAGAAAGAAAAGGAUCAAGUUGAUAGUUGACCCAGAGUAUGAGACCAGCUCUACUGGAGAAGACAGUGCUCCUGAUUCCAGCCAGAGGAGUCGUCUUAAUAACCCAAAUAUUCAAAACAACAUCAACGGUAACAUCUACAUUGCACAGAAUGGCUCUGUUGUCAGAACCCGUCGCGUUUGCCUUGGUAAUAAUUUAAAGGUCACAUCUCCAGUGAGGCUAGGGAAACAAUUCAAGAAACUGGACAAGCUUGCAGUGACACACGAGGAGAAUGUCCCACUGAACACAUUGUCAAAGGGACCAUCUUCUAGUGAUAAAAUGAACACAAGACCCUGCAGUGUCUCAUUUGCUUCCUCUACUAUAGGGGCUGAAAAUAUAGUAACAAAGCCAGGGGCCUCCAAAAUGAAAAGCACAGAAGAGCAAGAAUCAGUUGUGGAUAACGAGGAUGUCAAGGAGCCCUUGGAGUCACACAGUGAACACACACAGUCAGAUGAAGAGGAGCUCUGGAUGGGUCCUUGGAACAACCUUCACAUACCAAUGACAAAACUGUGACUUUUUUUUAAUUUUAUUUUUAUUUUUACUUCAGUUUAUAAUAAACUGCGCUUUUUAUUGUCACUGAGGAAAAUGUAUGAAAUUUGUAUUGUGCACAUAUGUUGUAUACUACAAACGACACGCUUUAAAGUUUAAAACCAGAAUUUGCACUCACAUUUGUACCAAUUAAUUGUCCUCCCCAACAAGUAUUUUGACAGGGUCCCAUUUCACUAAACAAUACUUCAUUUAAAUUAAUUAGGUUUUUUGGAUCUUGAUUUAUUGUUUAAUAAACAGUAAACCACUAAUAAAUGCACAGCAACAUUUGGCUAACUUUUCAGACAGUUCUAUACAUGCCUAGCUUGUUUUUCUGUAUGGUACUUGUGGCUAUACUGUUUAGAUUUGGAAAUUGUCUAUUUAUGUUCAAGAUUUAUAUCCAGAGCGCUUGAUUCUGAACUCAGAGUAAUAAAUUAAAAAUAAAUCCAUGAAAGUCAAUGGAGCAAAUCCUCGGCUGGCUUAAAUUUGAGUAACAAUGCCAAAGUCAAUAGUGAUAUACCAGUUUAUGCAAACAGAGGAUCUCGCUCAACACCUAGCUAGCAAACUUAGGUAAGAGUGGAGUUGGAGUUUAUAAGUGUAUAGCACUGUUACACAGAAAAGUGGAAUAGAAGAUUAAGUCAGAUAAGAAUUGCAGAGAGGAAGGAAAUGUGUAGCAAUUAAUCUUAUUCAGAGGUACCUGGCCGUGGUUUGUUCAUUUUCUUUUGUAAAUUAGCUCAUUCCAAUUUUCUUCUCUACUCUGUUUUUCAUCUUUUCAUCUCUUCCUGCAUCAGUUCUGGGUUUUUUUCUUUAUACAGUCUUUAGCUCCAGUUUUUAUGUUCCAUCAAUAAUUGUCAUCCUAUGGCUAUAUUCCUCCAAAAUAAACCAGGAUGAGUCACGAGUCUGUGUGAUAGAAAUAGGCAUUAAAGAGUAAUUAAUAGGAAGGGGAUGGAUACAUUUUCAAGCCCAGCUAGCUGUUGGGUUAAAUGGUACAAUCACCAUUCCACUCCAAUAGUAUUGAACAUAAACCUGCUGGAAAGACAAAUGGAUCAUGGUGAAGAGGAUAAAAGGUGAAUAUUUUACAAGGCUAAUAUGCAUAAACAGAUCUGUGAGGGGCAAAGAGUGUUGGAACACACACAGAGAAUUGUUUCCAAAACUUCUAAGUAAGCAUUACUUGUAAAAUACACAACAUGCAUUUUGGCACGUGCUUAUAAUUUCUAUUUCUACCUCAAAGUAGUGACUGUCUUGUGUUACAACUUGAAUAGGGAGCUGAGAAAUGCAACUGUUCACAGUCACCAAUACCUAAAAGACAUUAGCAAUACAGAACAAAGUCUUUUACUCCAAUGUGUUAUAGGAAAGAAAAAAAGAAGAUACAUACUCACAUGAGGAAGUGUCCUGUUGUAUUAUGCAAACUUUUUUUGCAGGAUGAGAUCAAACUAUGUGUGAGAACAAUAAGGAUACCUCUCAAAAGAUAGGAAGAAUCAACAGAUAAAUGCGUGCAAUUAGUAAGGAGAUGAUUGGCAUCAUCAUUCUUUCCCUGUUGCUGUAGUUGAAGUUUCACCACAAGAUCUGGAUGACAAUGGCUGUUGGUUCUGCUCUGGCAGUAAAUGGACUUCUGCUGCUGCGAUUGUGUUCGUUUUCGCUUUGCACAGGUUCUCCCCCACAGGAUUCCUCUUACUGUCUUUAGAAGCUGUUCGCAUGUUAUGCCAAUGUAAAUGUGACAUUUCUGUCAAAUACCUCCUUUUCAAACUGAGGUUUCUGACCAAAUAUUUUGAGAGAUGGUGCUUGUUUUUUAGGCAUGAGAAAUGCAAUGUAGCCUACCAUGCAAGGAAAAAAAAAAAAAAACACCAAAACAAACAAAAAAUCCGGGUAUUUCUCUUUCCUAACUCUUUUAUCUUGGCAUAUUUGCACUUGGUACCUAACAAAAAAUAGCUGUUUGAAGUUUAGCUAGAGUCUGAACAUAUAGAUAAGAAUGAUGAAAGAAAAAAAAAAUCUAUUCUUUGAAAUAACUAGUAAAAUGUUCUAUUUUAAUCCUG